CGGUCAGUUCUGCCCGUCGUCAGGUCACCAAACAGGUCCAUGGAGAGGACUCUUGGUCAGGUCUUUUUGACCUUCAAUGAAGAAACGAAGAGGUCACUGCUGCCUAAUGAGGUGACCUCGAUGGAUACCGUGAAGGCAUUAUUUGUUCGCUCAUUCCCUCACUCACUCACCAUGCGCUGGUUCGAUGAUCCCAUGAAGAAGGUUUACAUAUUGGAUCGCAGUACGAACGUCUUCUACGAACUAGAGGAUUUGAGG